UAAUACACGCAGGUUUGUAACACCUGAUAGAGCUGAGUAACCCAGCACUGUGCCCUCCGUGCGUUGAAGAACCUAAGGCGGGGCAAAAUGCAAAUCCGCACGCGGUAUAUCGUUGACCGAGCUGCGUACUCGGUCCCGGAAUUCGACGAUGAGUACCAGAAGAAGAUCCGAAGCUACCCCCACUCGGAGAAAGCCCGCAAACUGUUCCGAUGUUCUACCGCGCGACUCAAGUCCGUCGUGCUGCAGCUCUUGCCUUUCCUGGCCUGGCUUCCCAAGUACAACAUCAAGAAGAACCUGGUGGUGGACGUCAUCAGCGGCAUUAGCGGUGGCACCAUCCAGGUGCCCCAAGGAAUGGCAUUCGCUCUCCUUGCCAGCCUGCCACCGGUUAAUGGGCUGUAUUCGUCCUUCUUCCCGCUUAUCGUAUACUUUUUCCUAGGAACCACACACCACAUGGUCCCAGGUACUUUUGCGGUGCUGAGUAUUAUAGUGGGCAGCGUAUGUCAGUCCUUGGUUCCAGAUUCCGAAUUCCAAUACUUCAACGAAACCCUGAAUCAGACUGUCACAGACACCGAAGGGCUAUAUGAUGCCCGGAUGAAGAUAUCAGGAACUCUGGCGUGUUUAACAGGUGUCAUCCAGAUCUCUUUGGGGUUCGUACAGUUUGGUUUCAUCUCCAUUUACCUCUCCGAGUCCUUCAUCAGAGGCUUCAUGACGGCGGCUGGGCUACAGAUCUUGAUUUCAGUGUUAAAAUACAUCUUCGACCUGCAGAUCUACCCGUACAGCGGUGUCCUGGCCAUAAUCUACACCUUCAUCGAUAUCUGCAAAGGCCUCCCGCAAACCAACGUGACGUCUCUGAUAUUCGCCCUGAUCAGCUGCGUGGUGCUCUUCUUCGUAAAGGAGAUGAACGUCAGGUUCAAACACAAGCUUCCCUUCCCCAUCCCCACAGAAAUCUUCGUAGUCAUUAUUGCUACUGCAAUCUCAGGGUGUCUGAACUUCCCAGAAAAAUAUGACAUCAGUGUGGUUGGACACAUUCCUCUGGGGUUACCCGCUCCGACCCUCCCGCAGGUCGGCUUCUGGUCAAACAUGAUCGGAUCGGCCUUCUCCCUGGCCAUCGUUGGUUACGUCAUCAACCUGGCCAUGGGGAGGACCCUGUCCGCCAAACACGGCUACGAUAUCAGCGCCAACCAGGAAAUGUUGGCUCUGGGCUGCAGCAACCUCUUUGGCGGGUUCUUCAACAUCCACGUUAUCUGCUGCGCUCUGUCAGUUACGUUGGCUGUGGAAGGGAGUGGUGGAACCUCGCAGAUAGCGAGUCUGUGUGUAAUGAUCCUCGUAUUUGUGGUGCUCAUGGUUCUUGGAGUUUACCUGCUUCCUCUCCCUAAGGUAAGAGCCCAGACACAUCUAUUCACCCUCCGUGUUGGGGCGCUCAUAGCCGUCAACCUGAAAAACACCUUGAUGCAGAUGACAGAUCCUUACUACCUGUGGAAGAAAAGCAAGCUGGACUGCUGUGUGUGGCUGGUGAGCUUCUUCUCCGCAUUUCUCCUGGGCCUGCCUUACGGGGUGGCUGUGGGCGUCGGAUUCUCGGCGCUGGUGGUGGUUUUCCAGACGCAGUUUCGGAACGGCUCUCUGAUUGCACAAGUUGGCGACAGCAACAUUUACAAAAACCCCAAGGUCUAUGAAAAGGCAAAAGAAAUCAGUGGAAUAAAGAUAGUGACUUACUGUUCUCCGCUGUACUUUGCAAACGUGGACAUUUUCAGACAGAAAGUCAUUAAAAAGUCAGGAAUUGACCCCGUGAAGAUUUUGCUGGCCAAGAAAAAGUACCUCAAGGAAGCGAAGAAGGAGGAGCAAGAGGUUAAUGGCCGGAAACCGAAUAAUCAUUUCAACAAGCAAGUGUCCAUGCAGGAGCUGGUGAAAGAGGUGGAAGCAGAUGCAUCCAUGGACUGUAAUAACAAUGGAGGGUCUGAGAACCCCAGAAUAUCCUACAUUACAGUCAACGCACCCAAUGGGUUAAACGAGCACACACAGAAGUCCUCUGUACGGCUGCAAGGCUCUGAGGAUCCGCUCCAGAUGGCACCUCCCAUCAUUGACGUUCACACUCUGAUCCUGGACCUGAGCGGAGUGUGUUUUGUGGAUCUCAUGGGCAUCAAAGUGCUGGGGAAGAUGUGCUCGAACUUUAAGAAGAUUGGUGUGAAUAUUUACCUGGCGAGCGUGCAAGCUCAAGUGUAUGAGGACAUCGAGAUCGGCGGGAUGUUUGACGAGGGGGGGCUGGAUCGCAGCUGUCUGUUCCUCUCUGUGCACGAUGCCGUCCUCUACGCGAUGGUGAAGGCGAACGAAGGGGAACAGGAAACAGGCAACGACAAGGCUCCUGGUACCACUGAGAUCUUCAUGAACGACGAGGUAUCGAGCGAAGAAAAUAACGAUGAUCAAGAUUUGGAACAGGUCAUGUUUGGGACAAUGUUUGACCACAACGUGGGUGACCACACGGCUUUAUGAACGGAUUCCGAGGGACCAAAGAUGCCGAGGAACAAUUGCUUUGCAUCGCGGAGCCACACGAGAGCUUUAGGAACAAACCAAAAAAAAAACACAACCGCAUGGGAAAGCGUAUUGGGAAACGAUGUGUUACCGGGGUCUGAGCCCCCCCCAUCCGCUCACUCCGACCGCAGGCUUCCUCCAGAACCGGUUUCUAACCGGAGUCGAUUCUGAGGCAGACUGAUGACCGCUGGUGUCGGGGUUCUGCCCUCGUUUACACUGCGGGGCGCAGUCCAACCCAAUCCGGCGGCAAAAGGGGCAAGUAACCGAAUCGCGAAUGAAUGAAAUAAUCAAUCAAUCAAUCAGUCAACCAA